UCUUGCAAUUCACCUACCCGCUGCACAUGUCUUUCUCUUCUCUCUUGCUCCACCCGUCGAUUCCAAACGUCCAACAAAAUCACUCUUGGUCCCGUCCGCCAUUUCCAAGCUUGCAGAGUUCGCCAUCUCCUAUAAUCAAUUCACCUCUAAAUUGCUAGCUAGUUGUAAGUUGCUCCGUCGAGCCCGCUCCGCUGUUUCCAUUUCGAAGGUUCGAGUUCCGCUUCCAAUCCAGAUUGUCGAAGCUUCCAGUUCCAGGCUCCAACAACUCUCUCUCUCAGCAAUUUCGCAUAAAUUGGAUACGGUUUACUUGUCGCAGAUUGGUGGAAAAGUAUAGUUUAGGGUUUGCUGAUAUGAUGUAUCUGAAAGAGGGAUGUUCAUUGCUGCUGAAAGUUCAUAAGCCCUCGAUCGCUUUUGUCCUGAAUGCUAGUCCAAUACUUGGUGUGAAUCAAGAAAAUGAUGAAAUUAGGAAAAACCCAAACCUUAAUGAAUCUGAUGUUUUGAAGAGAUUAAGAGGUGAGCGUGAUACUUAUUUAGCUUUAGAGUACUUUAAGCAUGUAGCCAAUGUAGAAUCCUUCAAGCACACAACUUUAACUUACCAAAUGAUGAUUGAGAAACUGGGGCAAAAGCACGAGAUGGAUGGUGUUCAGUACCUUUUGCAGCAAAUGAAGUUGGAAGGUGUUAAUUGUUCUGAGGGUAUAUUCAUUAGUGUGAUUGAUUCUUAUAGGCGGGCUGGGGCAGCUGAGCAAGCGCUGAAAACCUUUUAUAGGAUACAGGAUUUUGGCUUUAAAGUGACUGUGAGGAUUUAUAAUCAUUUGUUGGAUGCGUUGCUUUGUGAGAACCAAUUUCAUAUGAUUAAUCCUGUCUAUAACAAUAUGAAGAAAGAUGGCUUGGAGCCGAAUGUUUACACGUACAAUAUUCUUUUGAAGGCAUUGUGUAAGAAUAAUAGGGUGGAUGGGGCUUGUAAGUUGCUUGUGGAAAUGUUAAAUAAGGGAUGUUCUCCGGAUGUGGUGAGCUAUACAACAAUAGUGUCAUCUUUGUGUAAGAUUGGUAGUACUAAAGAUGCAAGAAAACUGGCCUUGAAUUAUACACCUAGUGUUCCAGCUUAUAAUGCUCUUAUAAAUGGGUUCUGCCGGGAAUGCAAUUUUAGAGAGGCGUUUGAGUUGAUGAACGACAUGUUGGAUAAGGGACUUAGACCUAAUGUUGUCACGUAUACAACAUUACUCAAUGCCAUGUGUGAUGUUGGUAAUUUUGAGCUUUCUCUUGCUAUGUUGGGGAAAAUGUUUGUGAGUGGAUGUAGUCCGAAUAUUCAGACUUUAACUUGUUUGAUAAAAGGACUUUCUUUAAAAGGAAGGGUACAUGAAGCUCUUGCUGUAUGGAACCAAAUUACCAGGGAGGGGUUAUUACCCAAUGUUGUCACAUAUAACACAUUAAUACAUGGUCUUUGCUUUGUUGGGAAUUUGUCCGAAGCUUUGUGUCUUCUUAACCAGAUGGAGAGAUAUGGCUGCCUUCCCAAUGUGACAACCUUUAGUACACUCAUUGAUGGAUAUGCAAAAUUUGGAGAUCUACGGGGUGCAUCUGAGAUAUGGAACAAGAUGAUAACGUCUGGUUGUCCCCCAAAUGUUGUGGUAUAUACCUCCAUGGUGGAUGUGCUUUGUAGAAACUUCAUGUUUGACAGAGCUUAUAAUCUGAUAGAGAAAAUGGCAAUGGAAAAUUGUCCGCCAAACACUAUUACAUUCAAUGUCUUUAUCAAACAUCUGUGCACCAGUGGUAGAGUAGAUCAGGCUAUGGAAUUGUUUGAUAAAAUGGAACACUAUGGAUGUGCAUGUAAUAUCACGACAUACAAUGAACUUUUGGGUGGUCUGUUCAAAAUUAACAACUUCAGACUUGCAUUUGAGCUUCUUGUGGAUAUGGAGAGAAACGGAAUUGAGUUUAAUAUAGUGACAUACAACAAUAUUGUAAACGGCCUUUCUCGUGCAGGCAUGUUUGAGGUGGCCCUGAUGUUUGUUGGAAAAUUGUUGGUGAAGGGAAUAAAACCUGAUACUUUCACGUUGAAUAUUGUAAUCAAUGGCUACUGUAAGUGUGGUAAGGUUGAGUCAGCUAUUAAGCUUCUAGACACCAUGAGUUCUGUAGGUUGCAAUCCAGAUUUAGUUACAUUUACCAGUCUCAUCUGUGGAAUCUGUGAGACAAUUGGUUUAGAUUUAGCCAGUGUUUAUCUUCAGAGGAUGAUAGAAAAAGGAAUCUGUCCUAAUAUUUCUAUAUGGAACUUCUUGGUGCGAUGGUUAUUUAGGAAGCUAGGCUAUGAUGCAUCACUGACACAUUUUAAUAAUGUUAUGGAUGGUAGACUGGAAGAAACAGAGCUUCAGUUUCAAACUAAAGUAUGACUAAAGGCGAGUAGUUGCUAGAAGUCAGUUCCAAAACCAAGAUAGGUUUUGAUUGAGUAUUUGAGUAAUUGUGGAGAUACGAGCUUAGAAGGUUAUGCAAGGAAAUUUCGGAGACUUAGAUAUUUCCCAAGUGAAGACGAGCAGAUAAAAUGGCCCGUGGGGACUAAAAACCAAAGCAAUGCGGAGGCUAAAAAGAAAUUUGCUGAAAGCAAUAAUGAUAGGCACUUGUUGAAGUUAAAGCAACAUGGAGCUUCAGCUAAAUCCCUUUUUGUCUAGAUGAGAAAUGGUAGAGGUUGCUAUGAAACAAGAUGUCAGCUUUUUCACAGUUGAUAGCCUCCUAUGAAAGAGUAUUUUGGGGUUGGUUCCUUCUUAUAUCCGGCGCAGUUUCCUUUUGUGGGCUCCUUUUCGCCGCUGUUGGCUCAAAGCUUCUUCCACCAUCAGGGAAUUCUCUCAUUUCUGCCAUACUGAAUGAUAGGUACUAUUGCCUCUUGGUGCCCUUAACACCUCCAAUCCUUCUUAUUGCAGUCUACUUCCACUGGCUGUGUAUGAAAUUGUUCAAGCAUGCAUAACCUCAUGAUCAUCAACUCAG